AUGCAUGGGACAUUUGUGAUUCUGCUGCCGCUCAGCCUUAUCCUGAUGGUUUUUGGGGGGAUGACGGGGUUUCUGAGCUUCCUCCUUCGAGUCUCCAUCCUCCUCCUGCUCACAGGGACCCUCUUCCUCUUUGGAGCCUUGGUGACCCUCGCUGGAAUGAGUGUCUACAUCGCAUACUCGGCCGCCGCCUUCCAGGAGGCACUGUGUCUCCUGGAGGAGAAGGCCCUCCUGGACCAGGUGGACAUCCGCUUCGGCUGGUCCCUGGCCCUGGGCUGGAUCAGCUUCGUCACCGAGCUGUUCACCGGGGUGGCCUUCGUGGUGGCGGCCCGUGUGCUCAGCCUGAGGCAGAGGCAGGACCAGGCCAUCUGA